AUGUCGAAACUCUCCGAGCCUCUCAAGCAAUUCAUCAACGCAGCUCAUGCCCGGCCGAACACGAUCCCGGCUUCGAAGACAAUAGUGUCCGUAUAUGAGCGAAUUGCCUCCGAUGCUGGGUCAAAGAAAGUCGGACUUCCGGCAUGGCUUUGUGCUUCGACAGCAGCUACGAUGACGAUGAACUCGCCCGAGUCAAUGCUUGCUCUGUAUAAAUUAGCUACCUCGCCUUCACAGAAGAAGUUCGAGAAUCAAGAUGUAUAUGCUGCGGAGUUGAUGCGAGAGGUCGGAUUGAAGUGUAUUGGAUUCAAUGGCGUUCCCCGAACGAUUAACGUGCUUGGAGCAUUCUUUGGUGGUCUACCGGCAGACGUACAAGCAGCAUUGAAAGAACGCAAACCUCGAAGAGCUCUCACGAAAGCCGGCAUUGAAGACACCGUAGCCCGCGGCGACAGCCUCUGGGACAGCAUCUACCACCCACUCAGCGACAAGCUCUCCGCCAAACUCGGCCAAACUCACCCCGACUUACCAGUCUUCAUUAUCAACGGCGAAUACGGCGCUCUCUUCUCCGACCCGCCUGGUCCCAAAGACCCCAAACGACCGGAUGUCGGCCGCGUACUGACCUCCAUCGUGGCGGUGGCAUGUCUGCGGGCACAGAGUGGCGUAGGCCCGCAGGUUGUGAGCCAUGUGUUUGGGCUGAGGAAAGCGUUUGAUGAUGGCACGGCGGAGAGCGAUGAGGAGGUACCGGGUGGGAGGUGGUUGGCGAGUAACGAGGGAAGUUUGUGGCUGUUGGAGCAGGUUGACAGUAUUGUGCAUGCGCUGGGUGGGCAGAGAGGGACGACGUUUGCGCCUGGCUUUGAUAGUGCGCCGAAGGCGAAGCUUUAG